GAUGAAUGUCAAAGUGCCUUUGAGAGAAUUAAACAGUAUUUACAAAAUCCACCGGUCUUGAUGCCUCCGAUUGCUGGGAGCCCGCUUAUUCUCUACUUGACUGUGUCGGACAAUUCGAUGGGGUGUAUGUUAGGGCAACAUGAUUCAUCCGGGAGGAUAGAGCAUGCAAUCUACUACUUGAGCAAGAAAUUCACUAGUUGUGAGGCAAACUACUCCAUGUUGGAGAAAACUUGUUGUUCAUUGGCAUGGGCUGCGCAUAGGCUCAGGCAAUAUAUGCUUUAUCACACUACUUGGUUGAUCUCGAGGAUGGAUCCGAUCAAGUAUAUUUUUGAAAAACCAUCUCUUUCGGGGAGGAUUGCAAAAUGGCAGAUGCUGUUGUCAGAAUACGAUAUUUUGUAUGUUGCUCAGAAGGCAGUGAAGGGAAGUGCAAUAGCAGAUUACUUAGCAGAGCAGGCGAUUGAUGACUCUCAGCCUAUGAAUCCAGGGUUCCCAGAUGGAGAAAUCCUGUCCUUAGAGAUGGAGAGUCGGAAAGAUAUGGACAGAUGGGUUAUGUUGUUUGAUGGCGCUUCUAAUAUCGUUGGUAAUGGGAUUGGGGCUGUGCUUAUUUCUCCAGAAGGAAAAGUUACCCCGUUUACUGCUAAGCUUUAUUUCAACUGUACCAAUAAUGUGUCCGAGUAUGAGGCCUGUGCCAUGGGAAUUCAAGCUGCUAUUGAUGUUGGGAUUAAAAAGCUUCAGGUUUAUGGUGACUCUCAAUUGGUGAUCAGGCAAUUGUGUGACGAAUGGGAAACCAGGGAUGCCAAGUUCGUCCCGUAUUAUCAACACAUCAAAAAGUUGAUCAAAUUUUUUGACUGUGUGGAAUUUGAUCAUAUUCCAAGAGAAGAAAACCAGAUGGCAGAUGCUUUGGCCACCUUUGCAGCCAUGUUUGGUUUGGACCCUCGAGGAGAAGUGGAGGUUAUCAAGAUUGAGAAACGUGAAAUUCAGGCGCACUGUUUGAAUAUAGUAGCAGAACCUGAUGGCAAACCCUGGUAUUAUGAUGUAAAACAGUAUUUGGAGAAUGGAGAAUACCCUCCAGAGGCCUCAGAUAAUGACAAACGCACCAUCCGAAGACUCUCAAGCUCUUUUUUCUUGGAUAAAAAUGUAUUGUAUAAGAGAAGCUCGGGAUUUGUGCUUCUUCGAUGCGUGGAUAUUGAUGAAAAUCGACCUCGCAGUUGCCAGAUUGGAGGACAGUUAUUUGGGCAAGCACCCAAAACUGGGGCAGUUCUUGGGAUGCUCUUUAGGCUAUCAUUUGUUUGUUCGUUUCAUGUGUUACUUGUUCUAUAUGUCCAAGUUGCUGGCUCGGAUGUUCGUUUAGAUGGCCUAUGUUUAUAUUGUCUAUAUGUUCUUGUUUACAUGUUUUUAGAGAUGUUUACAUGCCUGUAUUCUGUUUAUACUAAUGAUGAACUGAGAUGUUGUUUGAGUUUGUUUUGA